UUUGUUCAUGAAAUACCUCCCGUGAGGCACAAAGUUUGAUAUUGACAAACAUGCUGCAUGUGACCUAUUUUGAUUUACUAAUUUGACAAGACAACACGGUUGAGCUAUUCUCUGCAAGACUUGUUAUUCUAAUAAAACGUGCUAUGAUCUUUUUUAUUGCCCAAUAGAUGGUUUAUCACAAGUUUACCAGUAUCUAGUGAUGGACAGAAAUGGACUUUGAACGAAUUAGUAUUUCUCAUGAGCUCUUGAGAGUGUGUCCUUCUCUCCUUAAUAAAAUCUUGUAGAACAUUCCAUGCCCUUAUAUGGUAUCACGGUUCAGUGAUCAAAGAACCCCUGCAGACGUCUUUCGUCGUUUACUUCCUUUCACACUUUCUACUGAAGAUCGAGCAGCGAGCACCUAAGCUAAAAGAUUUUCACCACAUAAUACUGCAGUAAUCUAGUGCGUUGUGAUCAAUUUUCCAAAUAUCAACUUGAAAAGAUUGGAAGGAGGCUCAUCUACGAAAUCUAAUUGCCAAACAGACCCCCCCAAAAAAAUAUCGUUUGAUGCACAGUAAAUAAAAGUAAACUCAACAAGAAUAUUCAAGAUGUAGAGGAAAAACAGCUUAUUAUAAUAAAGACACGGCGCCAAAAUCACUGUUAUGGUCUGUUAUGAGGAAUGUAUGUACAACCGACAAAACCUUAACACUUCAUAUCAAACUAACUGAUAUUUCAGAAAUAAAACUAUAGCGUUGCACCAUGGCGGGUGUAGAUUCUGCUGGAAUAUCAUUGAUAAAAGCUGCAAGAGAUGGAGACUUAGAACAAGUCCAUCGACUUAUAGAAGGCGGGGCUUGCGUCAACGCAGUAAAUGAAAACGAUCAAACAGCAUUAAUGAUUCUCGCGCAACACUGUCGCUAUUCUAUACCCGAAAUGGCGAUUGCUUUAAUCAACGGUGGAAUUGAUGUCAACAUGAAGGAUAAAGAAGGCAACACAGCAUUGAUGUAUGCCAUAGCUCAGAACAGUGAAGGCAUUGCUCUUGCAAUAAUUGAGCACAGUAAAGAUCUAGAUUUGAAUGCUGUCGAUAAUCAAGGYCAAACAGCAUUGAUAAAAGCUGCUGUACAUAGGAAGACGAAAGUAGCGCAGGUACUUAUCAGAUGUGGUGCUGAUGUGAACAUGAAAGAUAGAGAAGGCAAAACAGCAUUAAUGUACACAAUAGAUUUUAAGAGAGAUUCCAUAGCUGCUCCACUAAUCAGCAAAUCUAGCAACGAUUUCAGUGUAAAUAGCGUCGUUAAUCAAUGCCAAAAAGCAUUGAUGAAAUGUGUUAUUAAUGCUCCUAUCAAACGUCGUGGUAAUGUCAAAGUGAUGGAUAGAGGAGCCAAAACAGCAUUGAUGCAUGUUAUUGCUAAGAGAGACGAAGACACUGCUCUUGCAAUAAUUGAGCACAGUAAAGAUCUAGACUUGAAUGCUGUYGAYAAUCAARGCCAAACAGCGUUGAUURCAGCUGUGAUACAUGGAAAGAUGAAAGUUGCGMAGGUACUUAUCARAYGUGGWRCUGAYGUSAACAUAAAGGAUAAAGAAGGCARAACAGCAUURAUGCAUGCUAUUGCUCAGGRAGACGAAGACACUGCUUKUGAAAUAAUUGAGCACAGUAAAGAUCUAAACUUGAAUGCUGUCGACAAUCAAGGCCAAACAGCGUUGAUUACAGCUGUGAUACAUGCAAAGAUGAAAGUUGCGAAGGAACUAAUCACACGUGGUGCUAACGUCAACGAGACGGAUAAAAAAGGAAGAGUGGCCUUGAUGUAUAUUGGUUUAGCAGAUUCCAAUAAGGAUUACAACGAUUUUGAUGCCGGAAAAUUAACUCAUGACCUGAUCGACGCUGGUGCAGACGCAAACAAGUCUGAUGACAAAGGCAAUACAGCUUUGAUAUAUAAUGUGAAGAAUGAAGCGUCUGUUAGAGCACUAAUAUACAAAGCCAAAGCACCGGUUGACUCAAAGAAUAAUAUAGGGAGGACAGCAUUGUUUUUUGCGUUGGUCGAGUCCAUCUCAUCCGCUAAAUAUCUCGUAGAAAAUGGUGCAAAUCUUCACAUGACAGACAACUAUAAUGUAAGCGUGUUAUCGUAUUUCAUUCAUCAUUGUAUUAAUAACGGAGGGCCCGAUAAAAAGUUAAUAGAAAAAACGUUUCCUUUUUUAAAAGAUAAUGGAGUCAAGAAACAAACAAUAGUGAAUGCACUCGUCAAUGCCGUAUUCUGUAAAUUGCCACAAAGUCCAAUAAACACCAUCUCAAUAACGUCAUGUCUUACUUAUGGUAACAAACUAUCAAAGGAAGGACUUAGGAACUCAUUGAGGAGAGAUAAAAAAUGCAGUUCACUUCAAAAGCUGGUGGAUUCGAUUGAAAGAGACAGAUAUUCUAUAUCAGUAACUGAUUUAUCAAUAAGGCUCAAUGAACUUCUGGAACUUGGUGCUGAUCCAAAUACUUGUGAUGAGCUCGGCAACACCAUUGCUCACCACAUCACUUCACGAGGGAUGCAUGAUAGCACUGUUGAAGCUAAAAGUGUUUUUGAUGUUCUCCUUGGGUUGGAGAAAAGGGGACUGAUGAUCAACAAGAAAAACUGCAAGAAGGAAGGGCCUUUUCUCUUUAUGCUAACAUUGUCUGUUAAUAAGAGAAGGCUUAAUAGAGAAUUCAUUUUAAAUAUGUGCAUUUUUUUCCUUGAAAACGACAGAGCAAUAUUAAACGAUAGAACUCAAACCGGCGACUCAGUAUUUCAUCUCUUAAUCAAGCUUUCAAGUGUGGGAGAUUCAAACGAGGAAUCUUUAGAGCGAUGCAUAAUGGAAAAAUUACGAUUUUUUUCUCAAGAACAACGCGAACUCAUCAGCCAUAUUGUUAACAGUACUAACGAUGAAAUGAAUACUCCUCUUCAUGUUUGGGCGGCCGGAUCACAGCAAAAAUCAAGAACAGGGAAACGUAAUCAGCAUGCUUCUGAGAGAAUGAAUUGGCAGGGACCUUCAGAAAAGAUACUUGACCUGCUUUUGAGUUGUAAAGCCGUUCAUCAUGCAAGAAAUCUGAAGGGCGAAACUCCUCUUCAUAUGUGCAGAACCUGGACUUCCGUUAAACUAUUGGUAAAAGCAGAAGCAAAGACGAAUGAUGUAGACAAAUCAGGACGAUCUCCUUUACUUUCAGCAGCAAAGAAUCUUCUUUUUCUUGAGAAUCCCGGCUGUUUUUAUCCGGACAUUUCACCAGAUGAGGCACCGAAGUUUUGGGAAACUGUUAUGGGCAUGCAUUUUGAUUUGUGGACUUGCGACGAGAAUGGAGAUUCUAUCAUUAGUAUUCUUAUAAAGGAAAACUCUUUUGAGCUAGCUGAUAGCUUAAUUGAAAUUGCAUGUAAGAACAGCCAAAGUCUAUCGGAUAAAACUUUUGGCGUGUUGAAUGCUAUCUGCAAARAUGAAUCCACACAUACAACCUGGAAAAGUAUUCUUGUUGACAAAGUGCUCAAAAACCUAAAAUCCACAAGAUGCUCAUUAGAUUUGAUCACACCACUUCRAUCCUGCUGCAAGAAUAUCAAAGAAGSAACGAAACCUGAUUCUGUUCAUUAUGAAAUUGCUAAACAACUUCUUCGCUACGGUGCACCUGGUGAAUCUUGCCUGGAUAUUGCUGAAGGAUGUCCACCUCUACACGCUCUACUUUCUACUCCUGUCUCAAUGGAAGAAAGACCUUUUAUCAUACCCUGGACAUCGUGUUCUCAGAAACACAAGAACCAGCUAGCUGAAGUUGCAAGAGGGCUCAAMUGUAAUGUUCAGAAGCCAUAUUGGUAUCAUAACAAGGAAAUCGGCCAUGGGGCAUUCGGACAAGUCUUCGUAGGCAUUCAUGAAAAAGACAGCAUGGAAGUAGCCGUUAAAAGAGUCCGUUAUACGCAACAGGAUCGAGACGAAGAUAUUCGAGAGAUUAGAAGCCUUGCUUCUCUUCCUAAAUGCGAGCAUAUUGUUCGUUAUUUAACUUUCCUUCAAACCGAUGAAUUUUCCUUUAUAAUUAUGGAAUUGAUGGAAGGAGAUCUGGACGGAUAUUUUGCCAGUAAUGUUUACGACCAAAGGCAAACCAAAGUGUUCUGCCGAGAAGUGGCACUAGGCUUAAAGUAUCUUCAUGAGCAGAACAUCAUUCAUCGCGACCUCAAACCAAACAACAUUCUUUACAAAACCGAUCCCCAACUCUGCCUGAAGAUUGCUGACUUCGGUUUGAGCCGUCGCGUAGACGUCAAUGCUUCCUUUACUGUUAUGACCAACGGAGUCGGUACUCCUGGCUGGAUCGCACCGGAGGUAAUCAAAUCAAACACUCAAGAUCAUUCUAUGUGGUCAGAUGUUUUUUCGCUUGGUCUUAUCUUUCACUACAUCUUGUCAAAUAAAAAACAUCCAUUCAGCCCAGCAGACUGUACUGGAAAAAGUGACUAUGAAAUCAAUAUUGCAACACAAGGCAACAUUUUGAAGAAUGAUAUGGAAGGAUGGAGCAAGUCCCUCGAUCCGGAAUCAUCUCAUCGCGUCAAAGGAAUGCUCAAUUGUACUAACGAGAAAGAAAGACCGACUGCAUCAAUGUUGUUACACCAUCCAAUGUUCUGGUCAAAGAAGAAGAAGCUUGAUUUCCUCASCGCUGUUGGCAACCAAGAAGAAUUCGAAUGUCCACGUGCUAAAAGG